AUGGCGGGAACUGCGGAUGUGCAAGAACAUGUGGCAAAGCCACGUCGUCCAAAUAUAUGCCGAGUGUUAAGGAGGACUGGGUAUGGGAAAUGCUUGAUGUGUUCACUCCUUUUGGCAUUGUGUUUCUUUUAUGCAACAUACUGCCAUGUCAAGCACGAAGCAUAUUCUGGAAGCCAGCCCUUGUUGAUAUACCAACAUGGUCCGUGUGCUCAGGGCUACAACUUUGUGCCUAUAGUAUUUGGACUUAUGCUCUAUAUAAUUUACCUCAUGGAGUGCUGGCACAGUCGGACGAAAGUGAUAAGUAUGAAAAAAAUUCGAGUGGAGGAUGCUUUGAAUUAUAUUGCUGUAUUGCGGACAAGUCCACCUAUAGUGUGGUGGAAGAGUGUAUGCUACCAUUACACAAGGAAAACAAGACAGGUUACCAGGUACAGAAAUGGUGAUGCCGUAUCGGCUACUCAAGUGUAUUAUGAACGAGUGAACUCUCAUCAAGCAGGCAGCAUGUUCAUAUAUGAUACAUGUGGAUUUCGAGACAUCUCCAAAUCAAUUUUAGACGUUGAAAAAUUUCACGUAACUCGGGUUCGUUUAACGCGAAGUUUCGUUUUUGCAAAUAUGCAAGCGGCUACUGAAUUUGAACAACAAAGAUCCCGAUUUUUCAAUGAUAAUGAGACAAAAGAUGAUUACAUGGAAGUUAGAGAAGGAAUGGAUUUGACAGAUGUUGGAUUUGUAGAAGAGAUACUGGUAUUCAACAGACCGACUCCCCCUUGGUUUCUUCACCCAAUAGUUUUCUGGUUUUUCUCAAUUUUUGUACUAUCGUGGCCACUCAGAAUUUAUACGGAAUGGAGGACAGCUGUACUGUCGUUCCAAGUUGUCAAACUAUUUGGAACGCAUUACUUGAGCCCCAAUUCCAUCAACUACACAGGUCCGUUGACCAGAACGUCGACAAUGGAUACUGUGGAAUUAGAGGCUCUACUUCGAAGAGAACAACACUUUGUCGUGCCAUCCUACUCCGAAGUUAUGCUAAAAUCUUCAGAUAAUGCAUUAACUCUACGUGAAUCGACAAUCCUACAUACAUUUUGCUUCAAGGAAACCAUGCAUUCUCCAAUCUUUUGA